AUGUCUUGUCAGAUUCCAAAUAAUAUUGAAGGUGUCGAUGCUGAUGGAAUAUGUGAAAUCACUUUUCAUGUUCACAUGCCGAAUAAGUUUGACAGGUCACUGCAACCGGUGGUUCUUGGAAGUGUUAGAGAAUUAGGAAACUGGUCCUGCCCCGUUGUCAAGUUGCGUCAAAACGACACCAAUUCUACAUAUUGGUUUUCUGAUCCAGUUAAAAUUUGUAUUAAAGAUCACUCAAUUCAUUACAAAUACGCGUUGUAUCAACCGAUAAAAGAAAAACAAGACAUGUUUGAUAUCAUUAGAGAUAAGGUUCUUGGUGAUCGUACGAUUGUGAUGGAAGGUAAUUCGGAUAAUGACAAUCGAUUACUAUCCUAUAGAGGCUUUCAAUAUGAUGUAUGGAAAGACAACUAUUAUAAGAAACUAUACAGUCCAGACCUUACUAAAGAUUACAAGUUUGUUUACGUAGUAUACGAGUCAGUGACUUUGGAAAAUAUUAAAGAAAAAAUCAAGGAAUUUCAAGCACUAUUAAAAUAUCAGCCGAGUCUGACUGCAGAUGCAGUUGAUAUUACCUUAAUUCGUAACCUUGUUGCUUCUUCACGCGAGGACUAUCAACGAAUCUUUAUAUGUUUUUUAUUGGCAUUCUACAUUAAUGUCACUCAAGAGAGAAUGGAGCAUCAUACACGCGUCCGACUACCAGAAAAUUUUCCUUCGAUCAAUUUAUUACAAGCGCUAGAGAAAAUUAGGUCGGAAGAUAUACCUAGUGAUGCUAGAAUUCUGUUCACCUUGGCGACUUCAGCUUUGGUUCGACACAAUUCAUCAAAGCGCAAUGUAUUCGAUUGGAUGAAAAUGUUUGCUAUAGCGCCUGUUGUCGAUCCGUUGUAUACAUUCUUGGUUAAUAUUGAAAAACACAAUUAUGAUCAAAGAAACCAAGUUUUAAAUUUUUAUAAUUUGCUCAAAAGAAACGUAAAACCGUAUCUCGACAGAAUCGACAGACCACAUAUUUAUCAAUCGGCCAUAGAGAAAAUAAUAGAAAUUUCUUUUUUUGAUAUGGAAUCAUGUGAUUUCUUGAUGCAUGAAAUGAUUGGAAAAGAAAGAAUGGAUGAACGGAUUAAACGUUCCAUCCACAAAUUUGUCAGUCAAUAUAUAGACUCGGAUGAUCCACGAAAUUUGAAACAGCAUUUUAAAUUUAUAUCCGAAGACCUUCGCGUAGAAUGUGCCCCAGUUUUUCGCAGACAUUUUUCAAAAUUCUUGAGCAACAAUAGAAUCUCAUGGAAAUCCGAGUAUUCGGAGCCGAUGUUUUAUCUAUUUGCUCAAUUAUUCACAGCGGAGACAGAUAUCAUGCAAGCGUUGGUGUUACUGACGAAGUCAAGAAAUGUUGAUUUACUGCUGUCAUUUCCAAAGUGGUUGAAGCUCACAUUGGAGUCUAAAAAUGUCAAAAUUGACUUUAAAGCAAAAAUUCCAGCUCUUUGCGAGGAAUGGUAUUCGACCAUAAUUUCUGCGGUCACGAAUCAAAAAGAUAUAAGAAAUCCAGUGAUCUUUCUUUAUCAACAACUUUCCGCUAUUUCCUUUGUUCUUCAAAGAAGGCCUGAUAUCUACAAAAAAUUAGUGGAUACUGUCGAACAAAAGAUUCUCAAUUUACCUCAAGAAUGGCUGUUUAAGGCUACAUCUUUUGUGGGUAAGCUGGAGUCACGUAUUGUCGGGGAUUUCGAAAAAGUUCUUAGACAGAGACUGAAGUCACCAUUGAGUAGCGACACCAACGAUGAUGCCGUAAUUAAAAUUAUUUCUCAGAUUUGCAACUCAUCAGGUUCUUCCUUGGAUGUUCCUAAUAGGCUGUGCGAAAAUGUGCUCUGCCAUAUACUAGAUAAAAUUCGAGAUAAAGCGAUAGUGUCCAAAAUUCAUAAUGCCAGUAACGAUCACUUGCAACUACUACAUUUCAAAUCAUCUAAAUUAUGGAUCUUCUUAUUGAACGCCACUGGUGAAGUUAACGAGUUAUUCAAUCACCCACAUGUAGAGAGCGUUCGUUCAAAAAUUUCUCAGCUCGUCCGUGCAAUAGAGGAUCAAUCAAUCAUGAUCAAAAUGCUUAAUCCAUUACUUGAAUUCCCAAAUGAUAUAUUGACUAGUUAUUUUAAUGCGGGAAUCGGUACUAAGGAGAAAAAAAUUACCAACGAAAUGUUGGAUUCCCUUAGAGAGCAAUUGCGCGAACAUUUAAAUACCGUUGAAAACCUCUUUUCCUUCUACAAUAGGUGGUGCAACAAGGCUGAAGAUACUCAAGCUUACCUAGAUGAUCUUACUGAAAAAGUGAAUAACAUGAAUAAUAUACCAUUUCUUGAAAUGAUCAAUCCAGAUUAUUGGUCAAUUCAUAAUGAGAUAAUCGAGGUCAGCCGAAGAGCAUACCAAUAUGAAAAUUCCCAAACCUUUGCAAAUGUAUUUGAGGCAGACACGAAUGAAGAAGUUAAAAAAAGUGUGUUUCUUGUGUCGCAGGCCUUUGGAAAUUCUUUGCUCGAAAGAUAUCAAAGAAUUUGCAUAGAAUAUGAAAACUGGAAACAUAUCAGGUGUUGCGAAGCGCGACCUCUUUGGAAUGGAAUCGCCAGCGAACAGGUCAAACAUGAACUGGAUCAGAUGGUCGGUGAUGCAACAUGGUACCGACAAACGCAAAAUGAUUUGCUUAGAUCAAUAGAAUGCCUGGUUCAAUUUCCGUCCUUGUUCGCACAACUCGAAAACCUUUCGAAUGUCCUCACUCAAUUUAAUAUAAAGAAUAAGGAGAAGUGCUGGGCAAUCGAAAUGCUAAACACUUUAGAAAAUACCAAUAUUAUUUUAGGAGAUUUACAAGACUUUCUUAAAAAGUACAAUCGAAAGUUUGGUGCUUAUAGGGAAUGCUGGUCUCUCAUAAAAGAACUUUCAUUUGCCGAAGAAUUCAUUGAUUUCCUGCUUAAAAAAUUGGUUGGACGUGAUCUAACAAAUCUCAUUGACGCUGUCGAUGAUCUAUCAGAUACAAAGUUACUUCAAGAGAAAAUCGUGGAUGCUUUAAUAGAGGUCAACGAAGCGUUAACUCCCCUCAGUGAAGAAUCGUCACGGUCUUCAAUUGAUUCAUUCUUAAAUUGCUUAUCUGAAGUAUCGAAAAAACAUUCAUCACUCGCUUCAAAGAUAGGUUACUGUAGCUCACAUAAUCUGACUCUACAGAAUAUGUAUCAUAAUAUAGCAAUAAGAGGUGAGGUUACAAAAGAACGAAUUAAAAAUGCAGCGACCUUUGGCCUCUAUACAUUUCAACACGUGGAAAAGACAAAUCUAUGCGAGGUUGUGCUAACUUAUGACACAACGCAAAAUCAUGACGACACAAACUCCACACCUCGCGUAACAGCAUCCUACAAUUUAGCAGAUCUCCAUGAUCAUGCACUCUUGAUAGGAAAAUAUAGAGCCUCCACCGAUCGAUCAAGUGGAGAAAAUGAUAUUCAAGAUAUUCAUAAAGACAUAAACACGUUUAUUACGCAAGUCGACUUGGUACAACAAAUCAUAGAUGUGGCUUCGAAGUUGAUUCAGUUGGGACAUUUUCUUUAUCAGAAGAUGAAGGUUGAGGCACGCGGUGUUUCCGAACUUCAGGAUGUGCUGGAUAAACUAGCACAGGAUCUAAAAACAUGGGAAGACAUAGUCAUUCGUGCGCAAAAUGAACAUUAUUAUUUGACUUUCUUCUCUGCACGUCAUAUCUUGGCUUUUUACAAUUAUUUUAGAACCGAUAAUCUCGAACAGGAUGACAAACUUAAAGAAGUCUGCCAGAAUCUUAUACGAUUCGUCAAUGACGCAGCUCAAUUACCAAUUAAAACCGGAAAAUGGAAUACCGUUCAAAAUCAAGACGAUAUUUUUCCCGUUCUCUGCAAGAUUGGUGCUAUACUAUACGAUAUCUUUUCUGAUAUCCCACAGCAAAUUCGAUCUAUUCCAGAUACUCUGAAACUGGUGAUAGCCGAUACCGUUUUUAGAGGACAAAUAUUUGUGGCAGCUUGUCAUUCACAUUCUCUGGUUCCAAAUGUUAUCUUAUCGCUCUUUGCUAACCACCAGUCUUUUCCUAAACCAUGGCAAAUUCUUAUCUGUCAAAGUACUACCGCUGCGGAAGAGAUAACGCUUUUCAUUAAGCGUUCUUUCAUUGCUGCAGAUAACGAAUAUAAAGAUUAUUUAUUUUGCAUUGCAAACGUUGAGUUCCUGGAUUUUGAAUUACAAGAUAUUUUGAUUCGGACCAUUCACAAUUUUAAACAAAAAAAGAAAGACUAUCUUCUGGCCCUCGUAUGCACUUAUGAAUAUGGUAGGAACCAUCAUAUUCUAGAUAAAUUCGUAGAAAAUGUGCACGUUACAGAUGGUCUUGAUGCGGAGUCUAUGGAACUUUUGUACCAAGAAAUUCGUCCCGACGUUGAAUGCGUGACAUCCAAAAUGUCCGGACAAGGAAAAACAGAAUGGAUUAAAGAAUUCAGUUUUCAAAGAGAAAAAGUUCCACGCACCUUGUUGAUUAGUGAUGGUGCACACUUUCGAACCCUAGUUCGACAGUUGGCCGAUUGUAAUUUAAGAGCCGUUGAAAGCCUACACCUUGAUAUUAGGUUUAUCACACACCCAUAUGAAGUCAAUUUCUUUCUAUUUGAAUUGCUGACGUUUAAAGUAGUUUCAAAUGGUUUUGAUAUUGUGCAUCUGCCUGAUACUUUAAUAUUUAUCGAAAUCGCGUCAACAAUCAAACAUUAUCUGCUGGAUUCAUUGCCUAUCAUCAAAUACCUACGUCGACAAAAUCUUGAAUGGAACAUGGAUAAUCUAAUGGUGUCUCGGCAUGUAAAUAGCCCUGUUCAAAUAGUUUCUCGCUACCUAGAUCAGUAUUCUCGUGAAACUAUUGAUGAAGAAAAUAUCCGAUUUACGGGGGAUAACGCGAUUGGCGAGCCACUACCGGCCGAACGCUGUCGACAAUUAUUACGGCAGUAUUUUUUUGACGGUCAGAAAGAUGACAUUCAUUCUUACAGAUUCCUGGAAAUUUUCAUGAAUUUACUGGCGGAUCAGUUGGUUCGAUUUUCCGAAAGUUCUUUCUUUAAAAUAGAACAGCUACGUGUUAUGAUACAGGAAACAAAUAUUCGCUCAUCUCUUCUGAAGAUAUUGAUUACAUGCUCUAAAGAAUUUGCAACAAGAGCGAUAAAUUUUAAAAAUAAGCAAGAAGAGAACAAUCGAGCCAUUCAAGAGGGCGAUACUCAAGACAUAGACAAUGUACGACUUGGGAAUGUUACACAAUGGAACGAUUCAAAUCAUCUCAUGAUUGUAUUCCUAUCACAAAUGCCAGAUUCAAUAUGCGCGCUUUACCGAGAAAAGAACAAAGUGCCAAAUAAUGUGAAGAAUCUAUUAAAGAGUCAAAAUGCGGAAUUACAGGAUUAUGAUUCGAUGGAACCAUCUCUUCUUCUAGAACGAUUGGAGCAACUCGUCAGACAAAAAAUGCACAAACUCGAUGGUUUGCCCAAAUACGCGUUAUCAAUCGAAAAUUUGCUCAAGAUGGCGAUGAUAUUAUUAAGAUCCCGUGCAAAUAUACCGGUAGUUUGUUGUGGAGAAGCUGGUUGUGGCAAGACAAGUUUAAUUAGCUUCUUGUCAAUGAUCAUGGAAGUAAAUUUUGUUACGUUGAAUCUUCAUGCUGGAAUUCAUGAAGACGAUAUUCAGAAUUUUAUGAAUGAGGCCACAAAACUUGCGCAAAAAGGUGAAACUUGGGUGUUCUUUGAUGAGAUAAACACGUGUGACCACAUCGGAAUGUUUGGAAAUUUGAUCGCCCAUCGACUUCUUAACGGAAGACUAAUUCAUCCAAACAUUCGAAUAUUUGCCGCUUGCAACCCGUAUCGACUACGGAUCAAGGCUCAGAGCAGUGUGGGACAUUCGGCAACACAAUACGAAGAAAAAAACAUUUUGGCUUACCGACGUAAAAACUACCGGAAGAAAAUGAUUGAAAUCAUAAAAAACCAUCAACCCAACUUCAACACACCGCCAAACGCUCGAAAUGAUGCUUUUGAAAUGAUAAUUCGAAAUGAACAAGAUGAAUACGUCAAACAUAUGAAAAAUUGUCCUGACGGGACCGCUUGGAAUGAAGCGCUCCUAGAGAAUAUCCUCGUGAUUAUUGUAUGUAUCCAAACUCGAAUCCCUGUCUUUAUAAUUGGCGCUCCCGGAAGUUCAAAGUCUUUGGCCGUACGAAUUAUCAGUAUGAAUUUGCACGGAAUAGAUUCUAAGGAUUCUUAUCUUCGAACCUUGCCUCAAGUCUACAUGAUUCCGUAUCAAGGUUCAUCAUUGUCAAUCUCCGAAGGAAUCGAGAAAGUUUUCCAAUCCGCUCAAAAUUAUCAAGUGUGUAGUUCAAAAGAAAACCCUGUUACAUCUGUCGUCCUUUUAGAUCAAGUCGGAUUAGCGGAAACCAGUCCGCACAAUCCGUUGAAGGUGCUUCAUGGUUUACUAGAGACACCUCUCAGUUCCAAAGAUGAUGUGCCAGCCGUCUCCGUUAUUGGAAUCAGCAAUUGGCGGUUGGACAAGGGUAAAUCCAGCAGAGCAUUGCUAGUUCAACGUCCAUUGUUUGCUGAAAGUGAUCUGGUUGAUACCGCGGAGUGUUUGCUCAGUGGCACUAAAUGUUUUGACAACAUUAAUCUUUUUUUAAAGAAGCUUGCAGAUUCAUAUCUUCGUUACAUAAAGAAUCAACGAUUCGCCAAUUUUCAUGGGCUUCGAGAUUAUUAUUUUCUCAUUAAGAGCAUAAGAAGUAUGUGCAAAAAGGAUAAAAAGCCAAAUAUUCAACUAGCAUUAGCUCGAAAUUUCGGGGGAGCCGAUAACAUGGAGGAGCUGUGUACCAUCUAUUUUCAAAUUGUUUUGAAGCCGGUCCAUCUAUCUAAAUUUACUUAUACACCCAUACCUGUACAAGAACUUAUUAAUGCCAAUCUUGCAGAAAAAGACGCUCGAAAUCUUAUGCUAAUAGGAAAUGGCAAUUUCAUUGUGACCUUUCUAACAUAUCAGCUUUGUCAACAAAAUAUUGAGCCGGUUGUGAUUAUUGGCUCUCAAUUCCCUGAAGAUAUUGACGGUGUGGACUAUUCAUAUGCUACUCUUAAUCGCAUAAUGAUGUGCGUAGAAACAGGAAGAUGUUUGAUAUUGACGGACCUUGAAAUGAUUUACGACUCUCUAUACGACUUAUUCAAUCAACACUUCAUAAUGGCUGAGAAUUCAAGUGACGAAAACAAUCAAAGGAAUUAUAUCAGAAUUGGCAUUACUCCAUACUCCAAUCCUAUGUUAUAUGGCAAAUGUAUUUUGGUGUUGGAUGAGGCAAAGUUGCCAUAUGCAGAUCCAGCCCUCUUGAAUCGCUUCGAAAAACAAAAGCUUACGCUUGAAGAAACCCUCGCCGAACGCGAAGCAAUGAUUUUCACCCUCCUAAAAGAGUGGACGCACCUAAUCUCAUCCAUUCAUGAAUUAAGCGACGAGGAUGCCGAAGUCCACUUCAAAGAAAAAGACAUGUUUAUUGGAUUUUCAUCUGAAGAGACACUGCAGAGUUUGAUUAUAGACCAAUGUAAAAAAAAUCCAGAUUCAGACGAUGACACAAUCAUUUCUUUAUGCAAGGAAUCUUUGAUUUCUAUUGCCACUUCAGACAGCAUUGUUAGGGCUGAUAAAUCUCUUUUGAAUCUAAGCGAUCCUUUAGAGGUAAAAGAAUGGCAAAGGGUCUAUUUUCAGAAUCAACGACAUGGCAAUGUUCGAGAAUUUUUUCGCGCACUGUUAAAUGACGACCUGACCGGUCAUUUGACAAUCAUAAAUACUUUCUCUGAUAUUAAUACCGACAUCAAAUCAUGCAUGAAUGGAAUUUCGAGUUGUCAAGUAGAUAAAUUGUCAACAUUCAGGUCCGAAGCUAAACUUCAAGAACAGAUUAAACGUUUUUUAUGA